AUGGGAGAAUUGACUGAAUUUCAGAAGAAGCGACUGGAGAAUAUCAAAAGAAAUAAUGAUCUAUUAAAGAAAUUGAAUUUGAAUAACGUCUCUUCACAGAUUAAACGCGAAGCUGGCGUUGAAGAUGAGCAUCUAGAUAGAAAACGUAAGAAAAAGGCAGGUAGCGCUAAGAAGGCUGUCAAAAAAGAACCCAAACCAGCUGCAAUUCCAACUAGAAGGUCCAGAAGACUCAGAGGUGAAAAUGUUGAUGGAAACGGUAUUCCCAAUGUCAAUGACAAUCAGCUGCUGAAAAUGGGUCAAAGUGAUAGUACUCCUGAAUUAGAAGCAAUUGACGAGUUAAAGAACACAGCACUAUCUGGAGAUGUAAAACUAAGUGAUUUGAUUAAAUCUGAGAAUGAGGAAGAAUUGCUAGAUAAAUUUAAGAGCUUUGCUAACAAAAAUUUCUCUUCUGGUGAUUUCUUCAAAGAGUUACAGCAACAACAGGUUCCAACACCUGAAAUAAAACAACUACAAGAAGAUUUUGAUCUAAAACUAUAUGAUAUAUUUCAACCCAAUGAAAUCAAAUUAACUGCAGAACGUAUUUCUGCGACUUUUUUCCAUCCAUCAGUUGACAAGAAACUUGUGAUUUGUGGUGACACGGCUGGUAAUGUUGGUUUGUGGAACGUUCGUGAAACUCAACCUGAGGAUGAAUUAGAGGAGCCUGAUAUUACUAAAGUGAAAUUAUUUACCAAAAAUGUAGGAAGAAUUGACACAUACGCCACGGAUAGCAGUAGGUUACUAGCAGCCUCAUACGAUGGAUAUUUAAGAUCAAUUAAUCUACAAGAUAUGAACAGUGAAGAAAUACUAGUGUUAAAGAAUGAGUAUGAUGAUCCAUUAGGGAUAAGUGAUUUUCAAUUCAACUAUAAUGAUCCGAACGUCUUAUUCAUGACGACAUUGAGCGGCGAAUUCACUACGUUUGACGUUCGUACCAAACCAACAGAAAUUAAUUUGAAAAGAUUGUCAGACAAAAAAAUCGGUUCCUUCAGCAUAAACCCUAAGCGGCCCUAUGAAAUAGCGACCGGAUCAUUAGAUAGAACACUUAAAAUAUGGGAUACAAGAAAAAUUGUCAAUAAACCAGAGUGGUCACAAUACGAAGACUUCGCAUCCCAUGAAAUUGUUGCUACAUAUGAUUCUAGAUUAAGUGUCUCCGCAGUAUCAUAUUCUCCGAUGGAUGAAACAUUAGUUUGCAAUGGAUACGAUGACACAAUUAGAUUAUUUGAUGUCAGUGGAACACUUCCGGAAGAUCUUCAACCAAAACUAACAUUAAAACAUAAUUGUCAAACUGGAAGAUGGACAAGUAUAUUGAAGGCAAGAUUCAAGCUUAACAUGGACGUUUUUGCUAUUGCCAACAUGAAAAGAGCAAUUGAUAUAUAUACUAGCUCAGGUGUUCAACUUGCCCAUCUACCGACAGCAACCGUUCCAGCAGUUAUCAGCUGGCAUCCGACACAGAAUUGGGUAGUUGGCGGAAAUUCAAGCGGUAAAGCCUUCUUGUUCACUUAA